ACUUCCAGGCCGGUAGGGGGCGGUAGUGUGCCUGGGAGCCAGCUGUCACCCUCUCAGGACCAAAAUCAAAAGAAGUCGAGAAAGGACCGGAAAGUAACAGGAAGAACAAGAAGCGAUCGGUUCCGCGAUGACUUCGACCAUGAGACUCGACAAGGAGCUCAAUGACAUCCGCAAUUCUGGGAUGAAGCAUUUCCGCAACAUUCUAGUCGACGAAUCAAAUAUCUUCACCUGGCAAGGGCUCAUUGUUCCUGACCGUACUCCAUAUGACAAAGGAGCAUUUCGGAUUGAGAUCAUCUUCCCUGCCGAGUAUCCCUUCAAGCCGCCCAAGAUCGCCUUCAAGACAAAGAUCUACCAUCCCAACAUUGACGAGAAGGGUCAGGUCUGCCUGCCUAUCAUCAGUGUGGAUAACUGGAAGCCAGCAACAAAGGCAUGCCAAGUGAUCCAGUCUCUCAUUACACUUGUGAACAACCCUCAGCCAGAGCAUCCGCUGAGGGCAGACCUGGCAGAAGAAUACACUAAAGACCCCGCAAAAUUCAUUAAGAAUGCCGAAGAGUUCACAAAGAAGCACAGUGAAAAGCGACCUGUGGACUAACGAUACAGCUCUGACACUUACAGCUGUUGGCCUCCUUUCUGUUUCCUGUUCAAAGAGCUAACGCUGACACUCUGUUCUUAUCUCGAAACCACAGAGAUGCUCUGAUAUCUCAUACCUGCAUUGUUUUAGCACUCUGCAACCACUCCUUAAUAGAGGCAUUUGUUUUUGUUUCACAUUGCCAAGAAAAAAAAGCUGGACUUUUUGGUAAAUAGGCAGGCUCAGGACUUGAGGUGUCACCUUUUGUUCUUCAAUGACUUAUUUCAACUAAUUUCUUUUUAGAAAAGCAAGAAAAUUGUCAAAGGUGUGGGGUCCUGGGAAGUAAAAUGUGUGAAAUAAUUGAAACGCUCUUCUGCUUACUUAAAUGUUGAAUGUGUUCUCAGAUUAUUAAUUAGUUUGAUUAGUUAAUGUAGACCUGUUGACUUAUUUUUAAGCUUCCUUUUGCAAAGGUUAAAAUUGCACAGCAUUUAAUGGUGUUCUUUAUAUCUGUUCUCUUUCAUUUUCCUCUUGGUUCUGUUUUUCCCUGAAGAUGCACUGUACUCUGUGGAAUGAUGCAGAAUUUCACAAGUAAAAACAGAAGUUUAUGAAAAUGCAACAUUCACAAGUCUUUUUUUAAUUGUCUUUUUAUUUUGAGUAGUUGUGGGAGGGGGGGGGGUCCUCAGACCUCAACGAGUUGAUGAGCAUAACAAUUAUGUUAAGUAAUAUUGAUAUUAAAAUUAUGGAGCCUCAACACUGAUAAAACGAACAAUGAAAUUGUUCCAAAACCGAACUGAAUACAUCAACAAACCCUGUUGUCAUAAUCAUAUCGCAGUAGAAGUGGGGAAAAAGGAAUUAUUGUCUGAAUUUUCCUGUAGUUUUGUUAUUAACAGCUUUUGAUACCCCCCACCCCAUUUAUAUUGAUAGAUCUUGGUAAUUCCUACACACUGGUCAUUUAAUGAGUGAAGCUACUGAUGUAUUUCACACUACAGUAAGUGAGCUGUAAAACAUUGGCUUUCUCCCCUUUUUACUCUUAAAUUACAUAAUAAAGGUUGACAGCACAAUAUUA